CGUCCCAGAAAUGUCAUUAUUCCUGGCGAGGCAUCAACAACAGCUGUUCACAAAACUGUGUUAUGUUUUGAAAAUUAGUUUAAUCCAGCUUAUCAAAUCGGCUAGUUGUUAUGGCUGUUGCGGAACUAGUGGCAAAAUGCUUGCAGGCACGAGAAAUGGCUUACUGUCCGUACAGUGGGUUUCCAGUCGGUGCUGCAAUUCUGAAGACAGGGGGCGCCAUUAUCACUGGCUGCAAUGUGGAGAAUGCCUCCUUCGGCCUUACUGUGUGUGCGGAGAGAACUGCGAUACAGAGAGCGGUCGCAAAAGGAUACCGAAGAUUCACAGCCAUAGCUGUCACAUGUGAUAUCAAAGAUAGUUUUGUGGGACCCUGCGGUGCUUGUCGACAGGUAUUAAUGGAGUUUGGCACAGAAUGGGACGUUUACCUCACUAAGCCAGAUGGAACCUAUAGGAAGACCAGUCUCAGAGACCUCUUGCCUUUAGCAUUCACCCCGGCUCACCUGCAAAAGAACUGAAUGAGCUACCCUAAAAUUUUCUUUAAUUUUUAUUUUUUUUUGCAUUUUAAAUUUAGGAUUGAUACGACCAUGAACUGUGCUGUACAUAGGGCCAUUUCAGUCACAACAUCAUCUCUAUACACCCUCCAGUCUACAAAACUCCUUAUUCAAAUGUAGUACAUAAGAAAGGUCAGAAAUGUUUGAAUAGCAUUAAUUGAAUAUCAACUGUUUCAUGCAUAAAAAAUAAACAGAUUGUUUGGCAUUUCUUAAAAAUGUAAAAAAAAAAAAAAAAAAAAAAAAAAAAAACUUUUUUUUAAGUCUAAAACUUUUGUUCCAUGUUUAUUUAGAGAAUAUAGUAACAGAAAGAAUGGUUUAAUACUUCAUACUUUUCACUAAAAAGUAUAAAUGAAUGCUGUAAUAAGGACCUAUAGAGGCUGUGUGAAUUAAACUGGGCAGAUGUCUGUUGGUUGACCUAAUUCACAUGUACAGUUAAAAGUUUUUUUUGUUUGUUUGUUUUCUUACCGAUUUAAAGAUUUUUUUUAAAGAUUUUUAAAAUAACACUAUUAUUUAUUUAGCAAGGACACAUUAAAUUGAUCAGAAGUUACAAUCAAAACCUUUAAAAUGUCAUAAAAGAUUUAUAUAUCAAAUAAAUGCUGUUCUUUUAAACUUUCUAGUCAUCAAAGUAUCCUGGAAAAAAAAUCUAAAAAAAACCCUGUCUUUACCUGUGACCUAACUAUAUUUUCACCUACUAGAAUGAUUUUGGAAGGAUCUUGUGACACUGAAGACGGAAGUAAUAAUUGCUGUAAAUUGAGCUUUACUACAGGAAUAAAUUACAUUUUAAUUGUA